AUGUGGUUCUGGACUCUGGCGCCCACGGCCAUCAUCACUGGAACGGAUCUUACCAUCACGCUGAGGGCAAACAUCAUCACGAUCGUGAGCAUCAGCAUCAGCAUGGGCAUGAACAUAAACAUGAACACGGGCAUGAACACGGGCACGGACACGAGCAUAAAAAGGGACACAAGCACGAAUAUCACAAUGGACCUGAGCCUAAGCCUCACCAUGGAUUUAAGCGUGCGACGCAAGAGUCAUGACCACGUGGAUAGGUAUUUCCCGUGUGCGCAUCGCCAUUACAGCGACCCUGAUGAAGAUGAUUAUGCCAUGAUUAUCGACGAGGGUUGCGCGAUGAGCAUACCGUCUUGGUUUGGGGAGGACCCUCUGCUCAGUCAUCAUGUGAUCCAACAUGUGAUGUGCAGGAGAAAUGAGAGAAUGGCUCUACAUAACUACUUUCGGCGGAAGCGCGUGGAGCAGGACGUGGUCCUUCUUUGCAGACUCCUUAUCGACGCCAGCAGCCUCGAAGUUGAUAUAGCCGUCAUGCUUGAUAUCUUCGAUGGGCAGCUGAAGCAGCAUCGAUACGUUACGUAG